AUGGAGGACGAGUUUGAUAACUAUUACGGGGGGCUGGACAACCAGUCGGAAUGCGAGUACUCGGAGUGGAAGUCCUCGGGGGCCCUGAUCCCGGCCAUCUACAUGCUGGUCUUCCUCCUGGGCACCACGGGCAACGGCCUGGUCCUCUGGACCGUGUUCCGGAGCGGCCGCGACAAGAGGCGCUCGGCUGACGUGUUCAUCGCCAGCCUGGCCGUGGCCGACCUCACCUUCGUGGUCACCCUGCCGCUGUGGGCCACCUACACCUACCGGGACUACGACUGGCCCUUUGGCGCCUUCGCCUGCAAGCUCAGCAGCUACCUCAUCUUCGUCAACAUGUAUGCCAGCGUCUUCUGCCUCACGGGCCUGAGCCUGGACCGCUACCUGGCCAUCGUGCGGCCGGUGGCCAGUGCGCGCCUGCGGCUGCGGCUCGGCGGGGCGGCGGCCAGCGCGCUGCUCUGGGCUCUGGCUGCGCUGCUGGCCGCGCCGGUGCUGGUGUUCCGCGCCACGGGCGACCUGGACAACAGCACCCGCGUGCAGUGCUACAUGGACUACUCGCUGGUGGCGCCCGCGAGCUCCGAGUGGGCCUGGGAGGUGGGCCUGGGCGUCUCGUCCACCGCCGUGGGCUUCGCCGUGCCCUUCGCCGUCAUGCUCACCUGCUACUUCUUCAUCGCGCAGACCGUGGCCAGCCACUUUCGCAAGGAGCGCAUCGAGGGCCUGCGCAAGCGCCGGCGCCUGCUGGGCAUCAUCGUGGUGCUGGUGGUGACCUUCGCCCUGUGCUGGGUGCCCUACCACCUGGUCAAGACCCUCUACAUGCUGGGCAGCCUGCUGCACUGGCCCUGCGACUUCGACCUCUUCCUGCUCAACGUCUUCCCUUACUGCACCUGCAUCAGCUACGUCAACAGCUGCCUCAACCCCUUCCUCUACGCCUUCUUCGACCCCCGCUUCCGCCAGGCCUGCGCCUCCAUGCUGUGCUGUGGUCACCGCCGCUGCCGGGGCGCCUUGCCGGGCAGCAGUGGGGAGAAGUCGGCCAGCUACUCCUCCGGCCACAGCCAGGGGCCCGGCCCCAACCUGGGCAAAGGAGGGGAGCAGACGCAGGAGAAGUCCAUUCCCUACAGCCAGGAGACGCUGGUGGUGGACUAG